AUGGACGUUGAAAGACUGAUUGAACAGCUCACUUUGGAGGAGAAAGUGCAGCUGACUGCUGGCACGGGUUGGUGGCACACAACAGCGAUCGAUCGUCUCUCUAUACCCUCGAUACGUCUAUCCGAUGGUCCCAAUGGCGUCCGUGGAACCCAUUUCUUCGACAGCACCCCCUCGGCAUGUCUGCCAUGCGGUACUGCCCUGGGCGCAACUUUUGACACAGACCUGGCGGAGCGUGUAGGCCACCUGCUUGCUGAGGAGGCGCAUGCCAAGGGAGCCCACGUUCUGCUUGGCCCGACAGUCAACAUCCAACGAGGGCCCCUUGGUGGCAGAGGUUUCGAGUCUUUCUCCGAAGACCCCGUGCUUUCCGGCAUCAUAGCAGGGCACUACGUCCGCGGUGUCCAGGCCUCUGGCGUAUCGGCGACGCUGAAGCACUUUGUUUGCAACGACAUGGAAAGUGAAAGGAUGGCAGUUGAUGUCCAGGUGACAGAGCGGGCUUUACGCGAGGUAUACCUCCUCCCAUUCAUGAUCGCCAUUGAAAUGGCAAAGCCAAGAGCGAUCAUGACGGCAUAUAACAAGAUCAACGGCAGCCACGCGCCCGAGAACCGCCGCCUGCUCCAAGAUAUCCUCCGCGAUGAGUGGAAGUGGGAUGGUCUCAUCAUGAGCGACUGGUACGGAACCUAUAGCACAUCCUCCGCAGUCACAACAGGGCAAGACCUCGAGAUGCCGGGCCCGAGCCGCUGGCGUGAAGAGGCUCUCGUUCACGCUGUUACGGCAAACAAGGUUAAGCGUCGAGACCUCGAUGAACGCGUACGAAAUAUUCUCAAGUUGAUCAAACACGCUGUCGAAAACACCACCAUUCCUACGAAUGCCCCCGAAAGCGAGGCAAAUACUCCCGAGCACGUGCAGCUGCUUCGCGAGGCGGCAGCAAAGUCCAUCGUUUUGCUGAAGAACGAGAGGAACAUCCUGCCCCUGAACCCAUCAAAGCGCAUUGCCGUGAUUGGACCCAAUGCCAACAUCGCUACAUAUUGCGGUGGCGGCAGCGCAUCACUUAGGGGAUACCGCACCGUGACUCCACUCGAAGGGAUUUGCAGUUUCGCAUCGAACGUUGAGUUUUCUCAGGGUGUCUACGGCCACCAGUCUCUGCCACUUCUUGGGAAGAGGCUCCGAACAGUCGAUGGUCAGCAUACCGGCUUCACACUUCGCGUGUAUAACGAGCCCAGACCGGACGGGGCGGAAGAUAAACGUGCAAUUCUGGAAGAACGACUUCUGGACGAUUCCAACAUGUGGUUUGUAGACUACGAGCAUCCUGACCUCAACAAAGUCUGGUACGCCGAGACAGAAGGCAUGUUGACUCCAGAGGUCUCUGGAGAGUGGGACUUUGGCCUCUCGGUUCACGGCACUGCACAACUCUUCAUCGACGGCAAGCUCGUUGUCUCCAAUGUGGAGAACCAGAAAGCCGGUGGAAGCUUUGCUGGCUGUGGCUCAGCUGAAGAGAUUGGAAGCGCCAACCUCGAGGCCGGCCAGAGUUACAGGAUUGUUGUGUGCUGGGGAAGCUCACUGACAUCUGAGCGCAAGGUGUCGGGCGUGGUAGACUUUGGUCAGGGCGGCCUCCGUUUCAGUGGUUGUCCCCGACUCGACACGUCUGCAGCGCUCCAGAAAGCUGUUGACCUGGCUAGGUCCGUUGACCAGGUAGUCGUCUGUGCAGGGCUGAGUGGAGAAUGGGAAUGCGAGGGACAGGAUCGUUCACACAUGGCUCUGCCUCCAGGAACCGAUGAUCUAAUCGCGGCAGUCGUCCAGGCGAAUCCCAAUACAGCAGUCAUCAUCCAGAGCGGCACGCCGGUUUCUAUGCCCUGGAUCGAGAGUGCUGGAGCUGUUAUGCAGGCUUGGUUCGGAGGCAACGAGGGGGGCAACGGUAUAGCCGAUAUUCUCUUUGGCGUUGUGAACCCGGCUGGCAAGCUGCCUCUUACUGUGCCCCGACGACUAGCAGACAACCCCAGCGCCUUGAGCUUCCGGUCUGACAACGGCCGAGUUCUCUACAGCGAGGAUGUAUAUGUUGGCUAUCGAUGGUACGACACUCUUGAUAUCGAUCCUCUCUUUGCUUUCGGCCACGGGCUUUCUUACACGUCCUUCGCCCUCUCUAACCUUGCCAUCUCCGAAUCAAACGAUGCAUCGAAAGGCAGCGACGCCCCGAACCUCAAAAUACGUGUGACUGUUCGAAACACUGGCUCAAGCUCUGGGUCUGAGGUUGUACAGAUCUACGUGAGGCCAUCCAUGCCCACACCUCUGACGGGUACAGCUGGCGACACCGUGACGCGACCAACUAAGGAGCUUAAAGGGUUCGCCAAAGUCCAGGUCGAAGCUGGCGAAAGCGCCAUUGCUGAGAUAAGCCUCGACUUUUUGCGAGCCACGAGCUACUGGAGCGAGAUGGACAACUGUUGGCGCAGUGACUCUGGGUCUUAUGUGAUACAGGCAGGGAACAGCAGUCGGGGCGUAUUCCUAGAGCAGGUGGUUGUAGCCCAGAAGACGAGGAGGUGGACUGGUCUGUGUGGGUAG